GUAUCACCCACGAGGGAGGUGGUGUGAAAGGCCGGUUCCCGUUUGACAACCCGCUCGUGCGUCGGAAGUGUGCCACUUUUCAGCGAUCACCAGACCUACCGAAACUCGACCGGUUUUAUCAGAAGGCGGUAUUGGUAUGGAUACCGGAGUUCUUGUUCCCAGAGCUCCAGGCAGUUCCUUGUCCAGGAUGUGGGGGCAAGGGCGCACCUGAUGGCUGGAACCCUAAGGGGCCACGCCGGGUGUUCAUGGAGCACAACGUGGUGUGCGUGACGGGGUUUCGGUACAAGUGUGCGAAGUGCGCGGAGUUCAAUAAAGGCAAGCAGGAGGCGGAAAAGCGCAAGACGAGCUUCAACGCGUGGGAUGCUGGGUGCCUCCGGCGUCUCCCGGAGUACAUCUCCAAGGAGUUCCCUUUCCUUCUCACCAAGCGAUCGGGCAUUGAGAUUUGCAUGGUGGACCGGCUUGCAGAUGAUUUGGUGCAUGGGAAGGGCUUCUCCGCUGCUGCCAAGAACAUUCGUCAGGCGCAUACGACCAAGUUCAUGGUGGACCAGCUGAAGUACACCUCUCUGGUCAGCACCCGGCGGACCAGCUCGGGCAUCUUCCGCUCGGCCAACCUCGCCAAAAUUCCGGAGAGGUUCGGCAGCUUUGAUGACUCGACAAAGUACGGCGGUGCGGUCCCGUCGGAGCACUAUUUGCGGGACGUGAGGCGGUUGUAUUUCUCGAAACUCCCCGUGCUGGAGGUGGAUAGCGUGGAUUGGACCCUGGAGGAGUAUCACCACCGCUUGAUGCAGCGCUGGGACGGAGACAUUCUGGGUGGGGAUUCUUCGUUUAAGUUUGCGAAGAUCAUCCGGCUCGGGGCAAAGGCGGGCGAGGAGCGCACAAGACCAGUGUACGGCUUCUUCACAGUCUUCAACGAAUGUGGUCUGGCAGCGUCCGAUGAAGACCGGUGCCUUGAGCGAGCUGGCGGAGGAGUUGAAGCUUUUUUUCAUGCGAUUCGUUCGCAAUGGCUUCAAGGUUCCUACUCUGUGGAACACAGACCGAUUGAGGAGGUAACGGGGAUCAGUCUUUAUCUGGAAGACGAGGUGGACGCCGGAGUUCAGUUGGAGCUCCUGCCACAGCUGGAUAUGGAGUUCACCCCUGCCAUCAUGUACGACCCGGAGGCGGUAGCCGCUGCCUGCGGCUCCCAGUGGCAGUUUUCACCUCGUGGGCGGGAACCUUUAGCGACCUUCCAGAUUGCGGCUUUGAGGGUGCCGUCGUUCCUCUUCCACCUGCAGAGAGGGAACUCUGGUUUUACGAAGGAAACAUUUCCCGCUCCCCUGAAGGCUCUUCUCGAGGACCCCAGCAUCAUCAAGGCUGGUGUUGCCAUCAACACGGAUGCCACGCAUAUGCUCAACGACUAUGGCGUGAAAAUGGCGAGCACGGUGGGCCUGCGUGUCCUCGCCGUGUCCAAGUUGGUGGUGACAUCGUCUCAAACACUCGCCGGCUUGACGGCGUGCCUCCUGGGGAGGCAGCUGCCGAAGGAUACCGUCCGAUGCUCCCGUUGGGGGAGCGCUCAACUCUCCGUUGAACAGCGAGACUGCGCCAUCAGGGACGCCGUUGCCUCGGCACUCUUUUACGAGGCCAUCCACACGAACAAGGACCCGAUCACGUCCGUGCCUUCUUCACCGUUCGACCCGGCUGUCGGCUUGAAGGUGAGCGCCUACGCAUUGUGGUAUCGGCCGUACUUUGAUGUGGACCGACAACAACAGAUCAUGGCAGGUUCAAAAUUUGUGCUGAAACCCAAGCAACAACGCUUGCCCUCGUUCUUUUGCCCUCUGCGCGUACUACAGGUGCGCCUCUACAACGCCAGCCAUUCCGCCUGCGUGGCGGUAGGUCACGUGGUGUCCGACGCCACCGUGGAGGCCGCCCUUCGUCACUGGCAAAGUUCUGCUAAGCUACAGGGUCUUUCCGGGAGCAGGCAGCGGGAUGGCGUGGUUGUACGGGGCUCCGGGGCGGGAGGUGACCCGGUAGAGGGGUCGCCGAUCUCGGCUGGGCCUGGGGCGGGGGCGGCGGGGGCGGCGCGGGCGGCGUUGCCGCAGUUCAGGGCCUGCAUCGAAUGCGGACACCACAAGGGUGCAUACCCUGCUGAACACCCUGGGAAUCGCCGUGGACAUAAGGCGAAAGGUUCAGCGCCCCAGCCCGACGUUGAACCGGCGAAAAAUGUUAAGUGGACCAGAGCUUGCGGCGUCCAGAGUCGGACAAAGUCUGUUCCCUAAGCAAAGAAAGAGGACGUUUCUGCCCUGCCCGUGCGAUGUAUGCAAGGGCUCAUACGCACACGUGGAGGAUGGUGAUAGUUAGCCUGUACUGCCGGGUCGAGAAGAGCUGGACACACGUAAAAAAAAGUGAAUAUUUGCCUACCGGUUCGAAAGGCUGUUCGGUCAGUUACGAGUGCACAAGUUGUACGGCAGUCGCCCAGAAUUUCGGAUGGUAAAGGAAAUUAACGAACGGCCCACGAUUGAGACAUCAAAUACACCACGGCUGCCCAGGCGAUGUGUGCGUGUGUGUGUUUUU